CUUCCAGGGAAGCCGAGCAGCAGCAGCAGCAGCAUCAUCCUUCUUCUUUGCGUCGGACGGAGGGAGGAAGCGGAGCUGCAGCGAUGGCGGUCCUCGGUUUGCUGGAAGUGAGCGGCUCUUUGCUGGAGAAAGUGGCCGCCGGCGGGCCCCUCUCUCUGCUCCUGGCCGCCUCGGCCUUCGCCCUCAGCUUGGGCUACUUGCUGCAGCUCGGCUCCCGAAACCGGUGGAAGCCCAGCAGCGGCCAGAAAUAUCCACCUUAUAUUCCAUCAAAUAUCCCCUUUUUGGGGCAUGCCAUUGCAUUUGGGAAGAAUCCAAUUGAAUUUUUGGAAAAUGCCUAUGAAAAGUAUGGACCUGUGUUCAGCUUUACUAUGGUGGGGAAGACAUUUACCUAUCUGCUGGGAAGUGAUGCUGCUGCGCUUCUGUUCAAUAGUAAAAAUGAAGACUUGAAUGCAGAAGAUGUGUAUUCACGUCUGACCACACCUGUCUUUGGCAAAGGAGUAGCAUAUGAUGUACCCAACCCAGUAUUUUUGGAACAAAAGAAGAUGCUAAAAACUGGACUAAAUAUAAGUAAAUUUAAAAGCCAUGUACCAAUAAUAGAAAAGGAAACCCUUGAAUACUUCAAAACAUGGGGAGAGAGUGGAGAAAGUAACUUAUUUGAAGCACUUUCACAACUAAUCAUUUUGACAGCCAGUCACUGUUUACAUGGGAAAGAAAUAAGAAGCAUUCUCAAUGAGAACGUAGCAGAACUCUAUGCUGAUCUCGAUGGAGGAUUUACUCAUGCUGCUUGGCUUUUGCCUGGUUGGCUGCCUUUGCCUAGUUUCAGGCGCAGAGACAGAGCCCACCGUAAAAUAAAGGCUAUUUUCUAUGAAGUAAUACAGAAACGACGGCAGUCUCAAGAGAGAGAAGAUGAUAUGCUUCAGACACUAUUGGAUGUUACCUACAAAGAUGGGCGGCAUCUAACAGAUGAUGAAAUUGCUGGGAUGCUUAUUGGACUGCUGUUAGCAGGUCAACAUACAUCUUCAACUACCAGUACUUGGCUUGGGUUUUUUUUGGCUAGAGACAAAUCCCUGCAGGAACAGUGUUAUGCAGAACAGAAAGCAGUAUGUGGAGAUGAUUUGCCUCCAUUAAAGUAUGAUCAGCUCAAGGAUAUGACACUGCUGGAGCGUUGCUUGAAGGAAACCUUAAGACUUAGACCUCCCAUAAUGACUAUGAUGAGGAUGGCUCGAACACCCCAAACUGUUGCUGGCUAUACAAUUCCUCCUGGUCAUCAAGUUUGUGUAUCUCCUACUGUAAAUCAUAGACUUAAGGAUUGUUGGAUAGAAAAUCUAAACUUCAAGCCAGAACGUUACCUCCAAGAUAACCCUGCAGCUGGAGAGAAGUUUGCAUAUGUCCCAUUUGGUGCUGGCCGUCAUCGUUGCAUCGGAGAGAACUUUGCUUAUGUUCAAAUUAAAACAAUUUGGUCAACUCUUCUGCGUUUGUAUGAAUUUGACUUGGUGGAUGGAUAUUUUCCUACUAUAAAUUAUAUGACUAUGAUCCACACACCUAACAAUCCAGUCAUUAGAUACAAAAGGAGGUCGCACAGCCAUGUACCAUCAUCCAGCUGAAGUAGCUGAAGAUAUUUCUCUGCAAGUUAUACAAAGAUUUUUAAAGAAGAGGCUGGUUUACACCAGUAGUGUUGUAAACAAUUGUGAACAUUUUGUGCUGUUUCUUAGAUCUAAGAGGUGAUUGGUUUUUUUUUUGUAAAUCCUUAUUCUUUCAUACUCCUCACUGUAACUGGAAUGUGCAUUCUAAUUACUUGUGCCUUUUAUAAUCAGAACUCUUGCAAGACCGAACAAGUAAGUUUAGAGAUAAUCUUAAUUUUGAUACUCAUAAAUUCAUUAGGAACAUAACGUAAUGAAAUAUUAGUAUACAAAUUCAUGAGGAGCAUAACGUGAUGAAAUAUUAGCAUACAAGAGAGGUAUGUCAUCACCAUAUUAAUACAAUGCUAGCUUCAACUUAGUCCAAUUAGUCUAAAAAGUGCCCUAACAUAAUGUUCUAUGUUGAAACAAAAAAGAAAUAAUUGUGAUAUACCUUAAAUGGAAUUAAUGUAUUUUUCAGAAAUGAAGUUAUUGUACCACCUCUUAAGAAUGGAUAGUUUUUAAAAUAGUUAUAAUCAUUGACAAAUACAAAUCUUGUUGUCCACCUUUCAAUUGGUAUAGGACUGUGAGAACCUCAGGCUUAAAAUGUGAUUUAUCCUUACAAUAUAGACAGUUUAAAGUACCACAGAGAAUAUUUUCUACAGCAAUGCCCACUCAAAUAAAUAUACCUAAGAAAAAUGGAAGUGAGCAAGAACCAUUAGUAGCUUCCAUGUAGACCAAAGGAGGUUAAUAUAUGUGGCCCUCCAGAUGAUGGAUUGCAGUGUUUAACAGCCCUGGUGGCACAGGUAAGGAUGAGAAAACUUUCAUGCCAACAACUUCAUUGGCAUUCUCAUUUCCCUGACUGGUGUAGACACUUUAUAUCUUUAGCCAUAUCUGUGUGAUUAGCCAUGUGGAAUGCUAAUUGUGUUUGCUUGAAUGUACUGGGUUUUUUUUUGACUAGCUGCUAAGUUUUUAAUUAAGUUUUUAAUUAAAUGUGACAAAGUGUAUUGCGAUGCUGAAUAUGUCCACUGAUUGUGGCAAUGUAGAAUGUAUAAGGAUGAGGACCUAAUGACUUGGCACGCUAACUGUUGCAAAUUCCCACCAUGGGUGUUUUUCAGUAAUCCCGGGGGAGGCAGUCUUUGCCUCCAGCAACCCCUAAUAAUUUUUUUCUAACAGAUGGAAUUGUAUAGAGACAGGAUGGGUGUUCAGGUAUUGUUUCCAUUGUUCUUUCAGAACACAGGCAAACUUCAGUUAAUGAGGCAUGAGGAUAAGGACUUCUAAAGGUUUUGAGCACAAAUGUGUGCUGACCAGACAGGAGUCUUAACUCUUCUUUAGGUCGCUUACAAAAGAUUUACUGGAACUAAAACAUAAAUACCUACAGUAUAAAGCAGAUAAACCCUGCCAGUGGAGACAGCAAUAGUGACUGAGGCAGGAAGUGGCUCCAGGGAAUUCCCAAAGCCCUCUUCCCAUCUCAGGAGGGUAUAUUAUGUUAACCCUUUGGGAUCAGGUUUUCAGGAACCCAGCAAGAACUCUGCUCAUUUAGAAUGCUGCUACAGUGAGCCAUUCCAUGAUGAAAAUAAAAGGGCAAGGCAGACAUGCUUGCAUGUUGGAGGAAGUCUUCAAAUGGUCUCUAGAGGUUUCCAUAUGUUUUCACUUAUGCAAGGUUUACCUGACCUGGGUGUUUCAAUUCACAUGUACAUAUUGUUAAUUUUGAAUUAAAAGUUUUCUUAAACAUA